AUGCGUUUGCUAUUAAAUCAAACUGGUCAAAUGUCUACAAGUUCGAAAAUCUUCUCCGAUCACGAAAGCGACGAAUUCGACGAGGACGAAAUGAUGGUGGAUUAUGACAAUUCGACUCAUCGAUCACCACUGACAAGAAAAUACCCUCAACGUUCGUCUAUCUCCAAACGAAUGUCGAUUAAAAACGGUCGAAAAUCUUCACUUCCCGUCAAGAAACGAUCAAGUCUGAAACGAUCAUCGAAAUCGCCCCGCUGUUACGAUCCAUUCGAUGGUUUUGAUAUGGACGAUGCCAAUGAAACCGACUACUCUCAUCAAACCAGUGGUCAACGACAUGCCGCCAAUCUACGUGAACGAAAACGUAUGCAGUCCAUCAACGAUGCUUUCGAAGGUCUACGCACACAUAUUCCUGUUCAUCCUUAUGAAAAACGUUUGUCGAAAGUCGAUACACUUCGUUUGGCAAUUGAUUACAUUGCAUUUCUCAAUCGCUUGCUAACGAGCACAUCUCAAACGGAUUCGAUCCAUCCACUGCCUCAACCAUCGCAUCGGUUUCGUUCUCACCCGUCUCAUCCUCAUGGCAACAAUUGUCCAGCAUUGACAAAAAAGAAGAUUAUUCUCGAUUAUCGACCAAUAAUAACGGAAGAAAAUAAUGAAAAACAAAUGAUCAUAGGACAUUCUCUAUCAUGGUAUGACUCAUCAUUACAUCAUUUGGUUCAUCAUGCAUCUAUUGCUGCACCUGGUUGUAACAUCUAUCAUUCGGACAUCGUCGUUGUGUCAACCAAUGUCUGGGUACCGGAAAUGCUUUCUGCGUCGUCAUCGUCGAAUUCACUUCAUGCGUCAACUUCACCAACAUGCUCAACUAUUCCUAUGGCUUUAUCAGCGCGAAAUCAUCAUUUACCUCUCUCGGUUCAUCAAAGCGAUGAUAGUGAAGACGAUCAUCAACAUCAUCGCCGUCACCAUCGAGACGACGAAGACAAUGUAAAUUUAAAUGAUUUAAAUCCUAAUCAUUUACAAGAAAUUCCUUCACAAUGGGAUAUGUCAAUCAAUGGCAAUGAUUUUCUGCCUGUUUAUAACAAUCAUCAUCAUCUUCAUCAUCAUCAUCAUCAACAACAACAACAGCAGCAGCAACAGCAACAAGCACAGACAACGAUCUAUGACGAUGAUUCUGUUUGGUAUGAACGAUUGAGAUCGAUGGCAACAUCAAUUGGUAGUGAACAACAAUCAUCUUCCGAUUCAUCAUCGAAUGACAUUCAACAACAUCAUCAAUUAUUCGAUGUUUAUUCUCAACAUCUUCCUCCACCGAUGAUGACUGCUGUUGGUCUUGAUCCGCAUAUGAACUAUUAUUCAACAAAUCAUUCAUUUGAUCAUUAUCACCAUCAUCAUCACAUCCCCGAAUAUCAGACAAUGUUUUCGUUUUAA